AUGUAUACUUCUUUGAAGCUUCCCUGGUCCUCUCAUCCCUCCGAAGCUGAAACUGCCUACCGUGAUGCCGGUCUGGUGAAAACCAAAGGCACGCUCUUUCUCCUACCUCCUUCGACCGACGUUCUACGCGAAACGUUCAACGCGCCUCCACGACCUCAAACUCGUAUGUCAGCAGGUGCGGUGGCCCUUUGCAAGCAUUUUGAACGUGGUGGAGCGUCUUCUGAACAUGGCCGACCACACCCGUUCUGGACUCGGCCGACUGGAAGUAACGAAAAUAAGACAGAGAUCGCGAGGCAAAUACUGGAGGAUAUGUUGGCGCAGACUGUAUGGAGGAAUGUCAUGCUCCUGCAUCAUGGGGUAGCCGUUUAUGAGAUGAGAAAUAGCCGGGGGUAUGGAAUGAGAUGGACCCUCGAUCUGACGGAGAAGCCAGGAAGUAUCGAAAACGAAGAGACGGCCGAGCCCAAGGAUGCCAAAGAUGACCUAGAGAAGGAUUGGGAGAUCGCCCACACCACAUUUCGAGGAUUUUUGGAACCGAUUGCUGGCAUGGAUCACGAACUUUCCACUCAAGACGAGAGUUCAACAUCUGCCAAUUCGGCCUCAUAA